CCGCCCAGCGACUGCAAAAUGAAGUGCUCGCCUAUGUGCUCGCGCUCGCUCGCUAGCUUGUUGAAAAACUCGGGACGGCUGUAGCAAAGUUGUCAGCUGUUGCUCAGCUCACCCGAGCGCGAACGCGUCACACACGAGCAACGAGCACCAACUUUCAACUCGCCCUGUCGCUUUCGUCUGCUUCUGCUCUGAUUGCGCGUGCGCGAGCGAAUCUGUCGCGAGCAAAGUGCGCGAAGUUUCAGCGAAAACGGGCUUCGCACAGUAGUCGCGUGCUUGCUUAAACUAUUUGCGUUGACAAGUUGAAAAAGACCAUCUCAAAACAGCGCACCUGUCGCUCUGUGACGUUGACCUUCGAUCGAACGUAGGCUGUGCUAGCGCAACGGAGCUUAUUACUACGGCAAUGCUCCCCUGAACGAGGAAGUCGGCUGCGAGUGACUCUCAUCCCUUCGGUACUACGUGGCAUCCACAAGUAGUGUUUGGAAAGCAGCGUGUCACGAUGAAGCGAGUUCGAGCCAAGCUGCGCCUGAUGCCCGAUUCCGCCUCCAGUGGCCGUGGCGACGACAAUGACCUACGCGUCAGGAUCAGCCAAAGCGUCGCCGAGGAACUGUCGGUGGGCAGCACGCCCGACGACGGUACUCUGGCCCUUGUCGACCCCGAAAACGUCGCGCUCACGUGUCCGGGCCUCUUCGUCGACUACGCGGUCGUCGGCGAUCGCGAAGUGCCGAGUUCCGCGUCCUCUGGAGACGCCGCCGCGCUCUUCGUGACUCGGGAGUUCUUGAAGCGCCGACGAGGAUGGGGCGAGGGCCAAGCGGUGGACGUUCUUUGUGGAGUGCGAUGUCCGCGCCUGACCAAAGUGUCGUUGCUGGCCAGGAGCGCCGAAGCGUACGCCAGGCUCAACAGCCCGAGCCUCUGGGAGGCCCUGGGCGGCGGAGAACGGAGCGACGGUAUCCUGUGUCGCAUGGACGACAGCCUGGCCGCCUUCGGAGGGGACGCGGUGCUAGUGGUCGACUGCGAGCCGACGCGCCAGGGACUCAUAGUUCCCGAGACGCAGGUUGUGGUAAUACGGCCAUCGCUGGAAUACACUCCGGCUGGUGACACUGGUUCGUGCGACGACGUUGUCAAGCUGGCUGGCACCAUUUUGUACACCAGCCGCAUUCUCCAGUCAACCCACCGAACCAAGCGAGACAGGUGGUCAAGAUUGAACCACCGCAGCUGCCCAGUAGCUAUUGCGUCCCGCUGCUGGGCUCGAGGUCGCGGGUUCGAUCCCGGCUGUCGAGACUGUGUUUCGAUGGGGCCGCAUCCACGCGGAGGCGAGCCCCAGGGCCUUCUGCGCGUCCACAUCCUUCCCCAGUUGCCAGAACACAAUGUACCGACGACGGCCGACCCACUUAACUGCGUCUUCCUGGGACGCUCGACCAUGGCUGCCCUGGGCUUGGCUGAGGGUUCCUGGGCUCAAGCGUGGCUGCAAGAGCCAGGAGGCCACAGCAGCACUUCAUCGGACACACAACUCAAACGUCAGGUGGCGAUCUGGAGCGUAGAGAGGCUGCACAUGCUGGAGAGCGAGUUGGCGAGUGGCCUCGCGCUGGAGGACGCGGCAUACCUGAGCCCCCACCUCUGGUUUCACCUGCACGACCGGGAUCGACCUGCGCUGCUGGUCCGACCCACAGCACGGCUCCACUUGGAGGCCCUGGAUGGUUCCAGCAAGGGCAGUCAGCCAGUGUCGGCACACGAGUUCUACCUGGCCAUCGUGCGCAGCCCCGCCUACAGCAGCACCAUUGAGUGCACAGCUCUGCUCAGGGAUCACUUCUCGAGGCCUCGGUACAUCUGCAAAGGGGACAUUGUCACCAUCAACCUCCGAGGCUCACCCUGUUCUGAGGAGUACCUCCCUGAUGGUUCAUCGCAGAGGAAUCACGUUGUGUUCUUCAAGGCCACCCAGCUGCUUGGCCCGGACAACAAUGCUCCCGGUUACUUCUGUGACAUCAACACCAUGCUUUAUCAGGCUGGCAGCAAGGGUUGCUACGUGCCUGCUGCCAUGGCGACCUACCACCGGCAGUGGGCCCCCCACCCUGUCUGGGACUCGCCCCAGCCCCCGCAUCUGGCCCCUGCGGUCGAGCGGCUGCAGUCCAUCCUGCUGCCUUUCCUACAGUCGGGGCCAUUGCGCCAGCGUGUGCCACCUUGCGUGCUGCUGAGUGGGUCCCACGGCUGCGGCAAGCGCACCACCCUGGCUGCUCUGACACGCUCCCUUGGCUUGCACCACUACCAGGUCAACUGCCAGCAGCUUCUCGGGGACACGGCGGCAGCAGCGGAGACACGCAUCAGAAAUGCCUUGAUGAAAGCACAGCAAUAUACGCCCUGCCUCCUGCAGCUGUCCAACGUGGAGGUCUUCAGCCAGGACAGGGACGUUGGCUCCGGUGGUGAUCCUCGGGUGGUCCGCUGCCUGGGUGACACGCUGCGCGCACUAAACAGCGAGCCGGAUGAGCCACCCGUGGCUGUGGUAGCCACAACGGCUGCCGACCCGGACGCCCUCCACCCGGACCUAGCCCCUCUGCUCCUGCAUACCAUAGAAAUUCCGUACCCAAAUGAAGAGGGCCGUGCCCAGCUGCUGGAUGCGUUGUUGUGGAGCCUGCCCAAGAACAACUCUGUGGACAUCUCUUACCUGGCCCAGAGGACGGCUGGCUUCAACCUUGGCGACCUGUGUGCACUGGUGGGCCAGGCCACAGCUCGGGCCUAUGCGAGACUCACACGCAGUUGCAGCAGCGAUCGCCAUCAGGGAGGAGCGGACUGUGAGGCAGGCGUAUGUGUGGCAGGCCCCCUGCUCGUGCAGUCUGACCUGGAGUCGGCCCUCGAGUGGCUCCAGAGCAGCCAGGCGCAGGCAGUGGGAGCACCCCGCAUCCCCUGCGUCCACUGGGAGGACGUGGGUGGCCUGGCGGAUGCCAAGCGCACCCUCACCGACACCCUCCAACUGCCCCUGCGACACCCGCAGCUCCUCGACGCUGGGCUCAAGCGGUCUGGUGUGCUCCUCUAUGGUCCACCUGGUACGGGGAAGACGCUGCUCGCCAAGGCGGUUGCCACGGAGUGUGCCCUCAGCUUCCUCAGUGUCAAGGGGCCAGAGCUGAUCAACAUGUACGUUGGGCAGAGUGAAGAGAACGUCCGAGCUGGUAAGUGGGUUUACCUCACAAAACUGAAAAUAAAAUGCAGUACGCCUUGUAAGUUUCUCAUGGCCUCAUAUUUUCAUACAGGUAUAGCUGGAGACAGAAGAGUAUAAUUUCAGUUAUCAGAG